AUGGUUCUACCACAGAUUAAAAAUAUUUAUAUAUGCGGAAUCAUUAUAGCACUUAGUGGUAUGGAGAUGGGUUUAGGGUUAGGUUUCACUGGACCUACAACCUUCCAAUUGGCAGAUAAAUUCAAACUUUCGAAACCAGAGCAAAUUUGGUUUAACGUCGCAGGAUUUGCUGCUGCCAUGGUCGGAUCCAUGGGAAUCAACCCCGUUGUAUCGAAAUUCGGAAAUAGAAGUAGUUUAUUCGGAAAUGCUUGCUUUAUGUUUGCUUCUUGGAUCGCUCUUUCAUUUUCAGUAAAUAAAAUUAUGGCGUUCGUAUUUAGAUGCCUUACAGGAUUAGCUGUUGGAUGUUAUUCAACAGUUGCACCCGUAUUCAUAGUCGAUAUUGCUCCAAUUGAUAAAAAAGGCCUUUUCGCUUUCAUGAACCAAUUAGGUUACUCUGUCGGAUAUCUCACUAUUAAUAUCUUUGGAAAUAUGGUAAGCUGGGCCUGGUUAGCAAGAAUAUGCGCAGUUCCUUGUUUAAUUCAAAUAAUAUUCACAUUGAUGAUUCCACAGCCGAUAGCCGUAUUACUCAGGACAUCAUUUAAGAAAGUUUUCCAUUGGCCAAAGCAAAUUGUAAUUGCCAUUUUCUUAAUGUUCUUCCUUCAAUUCAGUGGUGUAAAUGCGGUUCUUUCCAACCUCAAUUCCAUUAUUACAGAGGCAAAACUGAAUGUUCAGACUUCAAUUGUCGCAAUUUGCACAACCAUCGCUCAAUUACUUGCAACUCUUGCUGCAUCAACUAUUGUUGAUAAAUUUGGCCAUAGAAUAUGCUGGACAGUAUCAUCAAUUGGCCAAAUGGUUGCAUUUCUCUUCCUUUGGGCUUUCCAGAAGUUCAAACUACACUCCGCUGUUUUCAUGGUCGGACUAUUCUUAGAACAGUUCACUUUUGGUAUUGGAACAGGACCGAUUCCUUUUGCAAAAACAGCAAAUCUUUUCAAAGUCGAAGUGAGAUCCUCUGCAAUGGGUAUUGCAACAGCUGCACAGUGGUUCAUAGGAGGUGUUGUUGUUUAUAUCCUUCCUACUUUCCAAGAUUUAAUUGGAACUGCAUGGACAUUUAUGUUCUUCGCCGUAAUUUCUUUCGCUUCUGUUGUCUUUGGAGCUUUCGUGUUGAUUCCUGAAACUGAUGCUGGAUUUGGAGACAACAAAGAUGAAGAAUCUGAUAAAGAUACUGAAGAAAUCAGUAGGAGAUUAUCCCAUGUCAAGGAUAUCCCUGAAUUAUAA